AUGGUAACUAAGGAGAGUGAAAAUGGAGAAGCUCUAUUUGAUACCAAAGAAGGGUCCCAAGGAGCCAUCAUCAUCCUCCUGUUCCUAGAGCCCAAGACCAAGAGUAGCAGUAAUACCAUCACACCAAAAUACAUCAUGAGUGAGUCAAAUAAGAAACACAGCUCCCUGAAAGAAGAUAACCUGAAGGACUUGACUAAAAUUGAAUCCACUGUUCUUGGGACUCUUCAAAUGAUAUGUUGCCUGUUGCUCUCAAGUUUGGGGGCUAUUUUGUUUUCUGCUCCCCAUACUCCCUACUUCGACACAGCUGUUUCCAUCAUUUUGAUGUCCGGGUUCCCAUUUGUAGGAGCUCUGUGGUUUGGCAUUACCGGUUUCCUCUCAAUUAUCACUGGAAAAAAACCAAGCAAGACCUUUGUCUUGAGCAGCCUGAUCUUAAACGCUAUUAAUGUUCUGGUGGCUGCCGUAGGCAUCUUCCUCUUUGCUACUAGCCUGAAAGCCCUGAAGACUGCCUCUCAGCAGUGUAACUCCGGAAAGAAUUUUCUGUCCUCAGAGCCUUCUGCUUCCUACAAUUAUUCGAUAUACAAAGAAAAGGAGUGCCUCAUCAUUGGCUCCAGUCUCACUAGUGUGCUGUUGGUGAUGCUUCUCUUCACUGUUUUGGAUCUCCUUCUAGCUGCUUAUUCCUCCGUGUUUUGGUGGCAAUAUAACUACUCCACGGACUCAGAGGCUGGGGACAAGGGUGGAGAUAUGAGAUGGACUCAGAACAUUGGUGGAUGGAGAUUGAUACUGAUGGAGGAAUUGGUGCUGAAACAUCAUGUCUAA